CACAAUGAUUUACAAUCACCUUCCUCCUACUUCCAACGCAAUCAUCCCUAUCUUCCCUAAUCCAAAUCUCCAACUUGCUUUACCUCCAAGUUACCCUCAAAGCCCUAGAAAGAAACGCACCAGAACCGUUGCAUCACCCUCUAGUCCUUCACCGAAAAAAACAAAAUACACUAAAAAGCCAGACCCAAAUGCUCCCAAAAUCACACGUCCGUGUACCGAAUGUGGCAAAACGUUUUGGUCAUGGAAAGCUCUCUUUGGUCACAUGAGAUGUCACCCUGAGCGUCAAUGGCGUGGCAUCAACCCUCCUCCUAACCACCGUGUCCCCAUCCGGACUUCAUCAUCAAAACAUCUAAACCAGAGAUUCUCACUUAUGUCCGAGGAAGAUUAUGAAGUCGCUUCUUAUCUCCUAAUGCUGUCUGAAGCCAAGCCGUUAUCUCCAAGUAGUAGUGGUGAGCGGUUCGAGUGUCGAGGAUGCAAGAAAGUGUUUGGAUCGCAUCAGGCUUUGGGAGGACACAGAGCGAGUCACAAGAACGUUAAAGGAUGUUUCGCGAUCACAAAUGUAACCGGUGAUGAUCCAGCAACCGUAACUAGCAACCAAGAUCAUCAGCAGGGGAAGACCUUUACGUUUUCGGAGCAUCAUAAGUGUAAUAUAUGUUAUCGAGUUUACUCUAAUGGUCAGGCUUUAAGAGGUCACAUGAGGUACCACUGCUGGGAGAGGGAAAGGGAGACAGUGCUCGUUGGUGCGUUGGAUCUGAAUGUUCCUGUAACAAGACAGGAUCUCUCUUCUUCGGACACAUCAGGGUGUUCAUUAGAUCUUAGGUUGGGACUUUAGUUAGUAAACGUAUAUCUAUAGUUAUAUAUAUUGGAUGUUUGCUUCUAAUACAUCUAGGAUGAUGUUGUUGAAUGUUGUGAUUUAAUGAUUUGGAUAUAUAAUGUAUUUAGGAUAUUGGUGUAUUCUUCUCUAUAUAUGCUUAAUAAACAAAUAUGUUUAAUCUGGUUUAAUAUGUAUUCUUCUCUAUAUAUGCUAAGGAUAUCGUUUCGAGUCGGACUCAGUUUCUCUCAUCAAGUGUAUCAACUCGGGCUCGGUGGUCACAGAGUUGCAUAGCAUCGUUUCUGACAUAUUAAAUCUGGUUUCAGACUUUCAAGCUUCUGUUUUUGUUUGGAUCCCUUGCAACAAAAAUAUGUUAGCGGAUAAUUUAGUCAAACUGGCUCUGAACUGUGUAGGUGACGAUGGAGUGAUUGGGUUUGCUGUUAAUGCCCCCAACUAACAUUCUCCUUUUUCUUAAUAUCAAGUAUGUGUUUCAAAAAAAAAACAAAUAUGUUUAAUUAAUUCUUCAUUUGUAAUCCAUAAUAUGCUUAUAACAAAAUUGAUUUCGCAAAAACUUAACUCGUAUUAUUCUUUCCCAAAUUUCGUUGUUUGACGUGAUCUCAAACCCACCACGAUCUCACUAUAUAUAUACAAUAUGUCGAUUAAAAUCUUUUCCGCUAAAAAAAACAGCUAGCUUUAACAUUAUAUAAUUGAAUCUUAUAAACUAUUACUAGUGUGUUACAAAAAAAAAAACUAUUACUAGUAAUCUGAAGAUUCAGAUGCAUUAUAGGUAAGCACGCGGAACUAAUUACAACAUGCACGAACCCUAAUCCGAGACAGUUUUCAAUUAAUCUUCUCGAAGCUGCUAAACAAGUAUUUAAUCAACUCUCCUUAGACAUUAUCAAACUAGUGCGACACACAACCUUCGUGAAUAUUCAACUACUACCUCCCUGUUUUAUAACAAUAGUUAUCGUUUACAGCAAUGCAUGUUGGUAUAUAUAAAUUCAUCAAAAACAACAACAACAACAAGAACCUUCUUCUGAGAUUUUCAAUUCGUUAAAAAUCUAUGAAACAUAUUUCGUAUAAUUCCAAAUAUUAUCAAAAAAAAAUUCCUUAUGCGCAUGAAUCAACGAUUAAUCUCCAUAUCUCUUGAUUUUUCUACUGGCUCGUGCAAAUCAUACGCGCGUGAGAAAAAUAAAAAUUGCUCACGUACGUAUUUUGAUUCAUUUUCAUAUAUAUGUCUACAUCUGCAUCAUGUUGACAAAAGAAAAUAUAACAUCUGCAUCAUAUUAUUUUAUAUGUUGUUUGAAUUGUUUAUGUAUGUUUAAAAAUGUUAGAUAUGAAGGCUUACGUAAGACGAAGUUGACCGAUUUAUCUCCUUACACGUUCUUUGCAUCUUCAAUAAGCAUUUCCCCCAUCAGAAAAUGGUGCACUAAGCUGAAAAUUAGUUUUAAAAGACAAACUCGACUAAAUAUAAUCUAAUCAGUAUAUUUAUUUAUUUAGUGGUGAAUCAUUUGACAUGCAUUAAUCUAUAGCAGUUAGUUUAGAAAACGUCUUACAAUUCGAUUUUAACUAUAUAUAAAAUAUUAAGUUACAAAAAAAAACUAUAUAUAAAAUAUUUAUCUCGAGAUAUUGACAAUAAUCCUAUUAACUGAUUAAUUUAAGGUCGUAGAGUGGCUUAUGGAAAAACAACAUUGCUAAAACUUUUACACUAACGAAAUUAGCUGAAUAUUAUGAUAACCAGAGAUUAUACCCAUAUGUUUUAUAGAAAAUUAUAAAAGCAUUGCAUGAUUUGUAAUACUAUACUCUCUAAUACAUGAUUAGCUUUGUGUAUGAAAAAGAACAAAGAUGACAUUCUAUUUUGUAAAAUCAUUAUUCUAAAUCAGUACUGCAACUGAAUACCAUUAUAUAAUCCAUACACAUUAACUGGGGUGACUUCAUAAGAAAUGUGUGAUAGAUAGGGUGAAAUUUAAGGAUCCAUGAUUGCUGAUGUUUGCUGAUCUGUAAUACGAUGUUGUUUUAUCUUCAUAAUAUAUAUAAACGAAAUAUGAAAUCUAAAUAUUAAUUUUUAUUAUAUAUACUAUUUCUUGACUAAACAUCAUGUCUUUAAGUACUACAAACUGUAAUUUAUUAGUUAAAUUCAGAUCCGUAAUGGAAAAAGUAAUCAAGGUGAGAUUAGAAAGCUGUCAGUACAAGAUAUAUACGGAAGAGUAUAUAUACAUACUAAACUGUAUAGCCAUUUGAUAAUGUGGUAAGCACGUCAUUAUGGUUUUUAAGAUAAAAAGAUAUAUAAUUAUUUAUAUGAAUA